GCCGCGGGAUGGCGGCGGUCUCCGGGUCCUCUGACUUGGCCGGCCCCGGAGCGCCCCCGUCCGGCGGAGGAGCCCAAGCGGCGGCGGUGGCUGAGGAGGAGGAGCGAGAGGUGGUACGGGUCCGAGUCAAGAAAUGUGAGAGCUUCUUACCACCUGAGUUCCGCUCUUUUGCUGUAGACCCCCAGAUUACUUCACUGGACGUGUUACAGCACAUCCUCAUCCGAGCCUUUGACUUGAACGGGAAGAAGAACUUUGGCAUCAGCUACCUGGGCCGGGACCGGCUAGGACAGGAAAUUUACCUCUCACUCCUAUCUGACUGGGACCUCAGCGUGGCCUUUGCCACCGCCUGCAAACCUUACCUGCAAUUGCGUGUAGACAUUCGGCCCUCAGAAGACAUUCUGGAGGCUGGGAAGUUCAAGAUCAAGAUGCCAGAGGUUGCCUCUCUGGUGAGGGGCUUUUGCUACAUCCUCACAUGAUAGAAGGUCCAAAGAAAAGGGGACUAAUGUUGUGGCCUCACAGGGCAGAAGAGCAGAAGAGAGUGAACCCACCCCCUCAAGCCCUUUUUUAAGGACCCUAAUUCCAUCCGUGAGGGUUUUGCCCUCAUGACUUAAUCACCUCCUAAAGGCUCCACCGCUUAAUACUAUCACAUUGGUGAUCAAGAUUCAACACCUGAAUUUUGGGGACACAUUCAAACCAUAGCAGUGUGGUAAUGGUAUCAAGACUAUUGAAGGAAAAUGUCCUUGUUCUUGGAGAAAACACAGUUAAGUAUUAAGGGAUAAAGUGUCAUGAUGUCUGCAAAUAAUUUGGCAAAAAUAAUGUGUUUAUAUAUACAGAGAGCUAGAUGAAGCAAAUGUAGCAAAAGAUGUUAGUGGGAUCUAGAUGAAGGAUGUAUGGGUGUUCAAUGUAUUCUCUUUUACUUUCUUAUCUUUUUUUGUAUUUUUUUUUAACUUUAUUGUAGGUUUGAAAUUUUUUAAAAUAAAGUGCUGUGGAGUGGAAGACAUGGUUUCCACCUCCGGGAGCUCACAUGCCCA